AUGGCUCCUCCCUCAUUCCCAAGUUUUGGUCGCGGCACAGCUGCAAAGCGCAUGCAGCCAGCAAAACGAUAUCGACCCGGCAAGCCCAUCGCAGAUGAAGUUGAAUCGUCCGAAGAGGAAGAUGAGGAGGAAGAGGAGGUAGAGGAGCAGAAGCCCAAACAAUUACCGCAGAGCCGGCCUCCCCCAAGCUCUAGGAACAUCACUUCUGGCGUUCGACAAGUCAAAUUGGAAGAGGAGGCAGAAGAUGAAGAGGGAUUUGUGACGGAAGAGGAGGAGGAUGCUGUCGAUAUCCACCCUAAAUCUUCAGCACCGGUUACUUCUGACAGGCUGCACACCGGCGAAGUUUCAGUAAGGAAACAGGAAGCACAGACGUCGGAAGUCGAGGACGAGUCAGAGGAAGAAUCAGGUUCAGAAGAGGAUUCAGAAGAGGAUUCAGAAGAGGAGUCUAGCUCAGAGGAUGAAGGUCCGAGGAGACUACUACUUCGCCCAACAUUUAUAAAAAAAGGCGAACGUAAAGCCGCUGUGACUUCAAGCAAUGUUGGUCAUAUUGCGACGUCUUCAUCUGCCCUCGACCCUGAUGCGGAAGCCGAAGAGCUUAAACGGCGGAAGGAUAAGGCAGACCUACUGAUUCGCGACCAACUAGAAAAGGAUGCUGCUGCUCGGAUAGCUGGUAGAAAGACAUGGGACGACGACAUUGACGAGACAGGUGCAGGAGUUGAUGAGAACCACAUUGACGAUACGGACGGUGUUGACCCGGCAGCUGAACUUGCUGCCUGGAAAUUGCGAGAGCUUAAGCGAGUCAAACGUGAACGCGAAGCCAUCGAAGUUGCCGAAAAGGAACGGGAAGAGAUUGAACGCCGUCGUAACCUAACUACUGAGGAGCGAGAGCGCGAAGAUCGUGAAUUCAUUGACAAGCAAAAGGAGGACCGAGAAGCUGGGAGAGGAAAGGCUGGGUUUAUGCAACGAUAUUUCCACAAGGGUGCCUUCUUUCAGCCUGACUCGGAGAAACAUGGUCUCACUGAACGAGAUCUUAUGGGUGGCCAUUACGUGGACGAAAUUAAGAACCGCGAAGCGUUGCCAGAAUACCUCCAAGUCAGGGAUGCAACAAAGAUUGGACGCAAAGGCCGGACGAAGUAUCGUGACUUGAAGACGGAAGAUACUGGUAGAUGGGGGGUUGAAAACUAUUAUCGGUCAAAUGCGCCUGCUAGCAGUGCUGCUCGAUUCGGUAUUAAGGACGAACGAUUCCUACCCGAUAGUAGGGACGGAGAUUUAAGGAGACCAUCUGGACCAUCAGGAGCAAAUGCAAGUGCAGUCAAAGAACGCCGCCGUCCCCGCUCUAGGUCUCGUUCGCCUCGCCGUCGACAAGACCACUUGAGCUCAAGAUCAAGAUCUCCUCCACGAAGAGAUCAGCAUCGGGAUGAUGAUGGCAGAAGCCGAAGGAAACGUAGCCCUUCGCCAUACCACGAUCGUGAUAAAAGGCGGCGAGUAGACUCUGUAUCGUAG